AUGGUGCAAUGUGUUCUGCAUUUUUUGGGCAUCCGUCUGUCUGCGUCUCUGUCCUCCUGUCCGAGGCUCUGUGAAAGAGAGAGAGAGAUAGGCCGUGUUUUUGUUGGAUGGGCGACUGGGCUCGGAGUUCAGUCGGGGAGGAUCUGCGGGCAUGGAGAGGUGAUGAUGCGGUUGAUGGUGCUCGUUCGAGCGACUCGGUUUGUUUUUGUUGAAAAGCAUUUUCCGCCGGGUAUGCCGAGAUAUGCGAUCUUCUAUGGAUACUUGGGAACGUUUCUCAGGGGAGUCCCGAAGCAACCCUCCUACUCGACCGACUUGGAGUCCGUGGAAGGUGUGAUGGAAGCUGCUCUCAAACGAUUCCCGGUGGCCAACGAGCCAAGAUUUCAUUACUGCAGCAGGACUGAUCAGGGAGUUCAUGCGAUGCGCACGUGCGGUCACGUUGAUCUGGUGCACAGCAGAGAAAACGCUGAGUUCAAACCGGAGAUCUUGCACAAAGGACUGAAUAAAUUCUUCUACGAUGCUCUUCGUCCAAUAAGGGUUCAUGAAGUUCGAAGAGUUUGUGACGAAUUCAGCGCGAGACACUGCGCUGCAUCUCGGACUUACGUGUAUCGUUUCGCUGUUCUGCGGGACUCGGAGAGUCAGCAUGCAGAACGGGAUCUGAAAAACCUUCUUCCUGUGACUGAACUGGACCGCUGUGCACUGGUUAUGCCUCCGUUCGAUGCGGAGAAGGCGAAUCAAGUCGCAGAUAUGUUUAUCGGAACCAAAGACUUCGCGACGUUUAGCAAGGCGCCGAAGAGGCGCGAGCAAGAACAUUUGCAUGACGCGGGGAUCAUCAAGUCCACUGUUCGUAAGGUUUACGAAUGCAGUUUGGAACCUGGACUGCCGCUGAUGGUGUCACGCUUUCAACCGAGACCUCAGUAUGACGUGUGGAAUCUUCGCGUUCGGGCAUCUGGAUUUUUGUACCAUAUGGUGAGACGCAUGGCCGGAGCAGUGAUUGCUGCCGGCAAAGGCCGACUGGAUCUGUGUGACAUUGAAGAAAUGUUCGACAGACGAAGCUCGGACGCGUGGAACCCGCGCGCGUCAACGGCCGAAGCCUGUGGACUCUAUCUGGAGGACGUCGAGUAUCACCCUGUGAGCUUUGAAACUGGACAAAUGCCGGAAAAGCCCUGGUCCCGUUCGCAAAUGAGGCGAGACUUGGCUGACGACGCGUGUGUCAAAUUGCGGGACUCCUCCUUUGCUGGCUGAUGAUGAUGGGCUUGUCCGUCGUUCCUUUUUUUGUUCGUUUCGCACGUGGUACUGUUUAUUCAUCUAUUUAAUAAUGAUGCAAACGACUCGGAAGGGACUGUCGUCUUUGAUAAAUCAGCUGAUUAUUGCCAA